AUGUCCGAAAUUAACAAAAAAAAGAGAUCAAUAGAACAAAUCGAACAAACGCACCUCGAAAUAAUUUCAACCUCUUCUUCGUCUUUAUUCAUUCCAUCAAAAAAAACAAGAAUAAUUGUAAACUCUCACAACAAGCAAGAUAUCGCGUCCUUCAAUAACGAUGAUUUGGGAAAUAAUCUAAAUGCAGAAUGUAGCCCAACUAAUAAAGAAAGGAUCCAAAAACAAUCUUUUGAAACAGAAAAGAACGCAGUAGAAUUAGCCACAAAAAUAGGAGCAGAAGGGAUUCUGAUAUCAUCAGCUUCAUAUACAACGAAAGACGCAAAUAUAAAUAAGAAUCAUAAGUUGUUUAAAGUGAAUUAUUCGGAUGAAUUGGAUUAUAAUUUAUCACCACUCAAAACAAUAAAUACAGCUGAAAAUGAAAACGAUCUUAAUUUAUCUAGUGAAAAUGACGAUAAAAUCAAGAAUCAAUUUCAACAAAUCGAUACUGAACAGCUGGAAAAAACUAU